GGCAGCGCUGUUUCAUCUUUCAAAAGUCCGAAUAUCUACGGGAAGAAACCACAGGGGAGAGAGAGAUUCAGCACAGCCGAGUGGAGGUGGAGUCAGUAGGUGGGGAGGGAGAAGAAAGGGGAGAGUAGGAAAACGGGGAAAGGCAGAUACAACAGAAACGGGGGGAGGACGGCGAAUGAUUUACGCUUUAAAAGUUGUGCUACAACAAAUUUAAGAGUUGCGGCGAAGAGGAAUAAAACAAGAUGAUAACGCCCUACUUCCUAGAGAAUUUCUGGGGCGAAAAAAAUAAUGGCUUUGAUGUGCUCUACCAUAACAUGAAGCAUGGCCAAAUUUCCUCCAAGGAGCUGACAGACUUCAUCAGGGAAAGGAGUACUAUUGAAGAGGCCUAUGCCAGGUCUAUGACCAAACUUGCAAAGUCAGCUGGCAACUUUUCUCAACUUGGUCUCGUCCUUUAUCCCAGGACUUUUGCUCCAGUGUGGGAUGUGUUCAAGAGCUCAACAGAGAAGCUGGCCACCUGUCACAUGGAGCUAGUGAGGAAACUACAGGAACUGAUAAAAGAAGUUCAGAAAUAUGUGGAAGAGCAGGCCAAAGCACACAAAAAGACAAAAGAAGAGGUGGCGUCCACCCUGGAGGCCGUACAGAACAUCCAGACCACUUCUCAGGCCCUGCAGAAGUCCAAGGAGAUCUACAAUGCCAAAACUGUGGAGCAGGAGCGCCUCCGCAAGGAGGGGGCCACCCAGAGAGAUGUGGACAAGGCUGGAGUCAAAGCCAAAAAAGCCACAGAGACCUAUAAGUCUUAUGUGGAGAAAUAUGCCACAGCUAAGUCAGAGUUUGAACAGAAGAUGGCAGAAACUGCACAGAAAUUCCAAGACAUUGAAGAAAACCACAUUCUCCACAUGAAGGAGAUCAUUCAGUCAUACUCACAGUCUGUUGACGAAACACACAUUCAAAUAGGAGAGGUCCACAAUGAAUUUGUGAGGAACAUUGAGAACACCUCAGUGGAGAGCUUAAUACAGAAACUGGCAGAGAGCAAAGGAACUGGCAAGGAGAGACCAGGACCGAUUGAGUUUGAGGAGUGCAACACAGCAAUUGCUACCGAAGGUGCCAAACCACGAAAGAGAAAACCAUUUGGUAUCCCAGGCCGUAGGAAAGACAAGGACACAGACUCCACGGAGUCUACAGAAGUUGAAGCUGCUAACACUGCCAACGGUGCUCCCCCUGGAUACUAUGGAGCCAUAGACAUCCAGAACGCUAAUGUUCCCCAAGUUGAUGCAGAGGGCUUCUGUAUUAGACCGGAAGCAAAUGAAAACGAUGCCAAAGAUAAUUCCUUCUAUUCGUCCAGCGACUCAGAGGAUGAAGAUGAACCCAGGAAGUUCCACGUAGAAAUAAAGCCCGUUCAGCCAAACAAUGGCACGCAUCAGAACCGAGCCACCAUUGAUGAGCUUAAAGCAUCCAUCGGAAACAUUAUCCUGUCACCUUCAACCUCGGGACAGAUGCGGAGGAACCAGUCCAGUGAUGAGCUGGCAAAACCCAGAGUGCCCACAUCAUAUGAACUGGCUAACAACGACCUUCUGUCUCUGGACCCGUUCAGCCCGACUCUCGCAGCAGGCUCCUCUUUCUCUGUGUCCUCAUCAACAGCGCCUGUUCCAAACCGACCUACGACGCCGCUAACAGCUGGAGCCCUGGUGCCUCCACCACGACCCUCCUCCAGGCCCAAACUCCCCGCUGGAAAACUAUCAGGAAUCAAUGAGAUUGUACGCCCGUUCAGCCCACCCAAGACAUCUAACGCCAGCCCUCCUCCUGCUGCACCACUCGCCCGGGCAGAGAGCUCCUCCUCCUUGUCCUCUAAUGCCUCACUCAGCGCUGGAAACACCCCCACUGUUGGGACAUCUCGCGGUCCCAGCCCUGUGACCCUGGGAUCCCAAGAUGCUUUGCCCAUUGCCGUGGCCUUCACAGAGUCGGUUAAUGCUUACUUCAAAGGAGCUGAUCCCACUAAGUGCAUUGUGAAGAUUACAGGAGACAUGACCUUGUCGUUCCCCAUGGGCAUCAUCAAGGUGUUUACCACCAACCCUUCCCCGGCCGUGCUAACUUUCAAACUGAAGAACACCGGCAGGUUGGAACAGAUCCUACCAAACCAACAGCUAUUAUACAGUGAUCCUUCCCAAAGUGACUCAAAUUCCAAGGACUUCUGGUUCAACAUGCAAGCACUGACGUCCUACCUCAGAAAAGCCUCAGAUCAGAAUCCUUCAGCUUCCUACUAUAAUGUGGACAUCUUAAAAUACCAGGUGCUGUCUGAUGGGAUCCAUUCCACUCCUCUCAACCUGGCCAUAUACUGGAAGUGUACACAGAGUACGUCAGACCUGCGGGUAGACUACCGAUACAACCCGGAGUCAAUGGCCUCCCCUGGUCCGCUCACCAAUGUACAGAUUUUAGUGCCUGUUGAUGGAGGAGUCACCAAUGUGCAUUCUCUGCCCAACUCCAUCUGGAAUGCAGAGCAGAAUAAGUGUCUGUGGAAGUUGAAUGACAUCUCCGAAAAGUCUGAAAAUGAAGGUGCUGGGUCCCUGAGGGCCAAGUUUGAACUGUCAGAUGGACCAUCGAACCCCUCCACUCUGGCUGUGCAGUUUAUGAGUGAGGGGAGUACCCUGUCAGGAGUGGACAUGGAGCUGCAGGGGACCGGAUACAGACUUUCUCUCAACAAGAAGAGAUUUGCCACAGGACGUUAUAUGGCAGAUUGCUGAGGUGACCUACUACUCUGGUUUGAAAGGAAAAAAAUCUCGCUUGACACAGAAGUUGGCAACUUUGCAAGGCUUCCUGAACCUCUGGGUCCAUCUGAGCACAAUCGUGCAAGCGAGAAUCUCACUAUAAUUAAACAGCACUGAGUAUUGAACACUGUUAAAAAAAGACAUUAAGAUGAGCUUUCAGGAAAUGUGUAGAUAUGAAGUCUGAUAAUGCUUUCUGAUCAGUUCACUUUUGUAUAGUCAGAAACAAUUUAUGGAUUAGAUAUAAAUCUAUAUUGUAUUUGAAAUCAUAAAAAAAAGAAAAAAGUGCACUAACAAUCUUUCAGUUCCUUCUUUUUCUUGUAUAUUCAUUUUCCAAGAGCCUAUAAGGAAUAUAUAACAACCUUCUCCCUCCGAAUUGUAAAUAUUCUGCUCGACCAGCUCUGACUCAACUCUCAAAUCUGUUUUGUUUACUGACUUCCUCUCUUUCUCCUCACAAUUUGUCUUUAUUGAUCAUGUGCAAUUAAGGUAGAAUCUGUCUUAAACAGCGCUCACACACUUGACCUUUUAAAAUAACAAUGAAGUUCUUUCAGACAAAUGCAAAAAAAGAUGUGACCUCAGUGCCUCCUCCUAUACUAUAGAUUAAUAGGCAACAAAAGCAUAAAAGUUUUACCCAAAUUUGGGUUUCCAGAUUUAAGCUACUUUUCUCUGUGAUAAAAUGCAUGUUUUUUUUUUAAAACAAUCACCCCCAAUGGGGUCUGUGAUCAGUGUGGUCUUUUUAGAAUUUGUUCCCCUUGUAAAUCCCCCUUUCAGUCAUGGUUAGUAUUUUCAAAUAUUUUUAAGCCCUUAAUUUUUAUUCUUCAUAAAAACAAAACUUGCUCAGCAAUCUUGACUGUAAAACAUUGUGUUAAAUGUUAGAUGCUUUAAGAAAAAUCAAGGGACGCUACCCCAAAUUUAACUUGCAGCCUUUUUUACAAACUGGCAGUGCUUUUUUAAUCACAUUUUUGUGCCCUAUUAAUGGAGAAAUGUGCCUGAACUUAACUUUUCGUUCAUCUUUUUUUAUACUACAGCACAGUUCAUGAGAAUUGCACCAACAAUGUGCCAGUUGUGUUUGUUACGCCUUUAUUUGGAUGCUGAAGGGAAAAUGUCUCCUCUUUUUACAACCUAACUGUCUUCCAGAAAUGAAUAAGUCAUGUUUGCCUUCUGUGAUUGAGUUUGAUCAUUGAACUCUUUUAUAUCUUGUCUUUUUUAUUCAGUGCUUGUCAAUUGACCUUCACCUCAUAUACUCAUUGUCCAGUACAUGAUGUGACCAGUAGCACAGUAAGGCCAAAUUAAUGAUCGAUAUGCCUUAUCACAACUACGUGGCACUGAGUUAUCCAGUGCUGUUGCAAGUGGCUAGAUAUUAUGACACAGUACUGCCAUUGCCCUGUGAUAGAUUACUGACCUGUCCUGUCCUUCAACCCAGUGCAUGCUGGGAUAAGCUUCAGCCUUUUGAAACUAUAAACAGUAAAAGUGGGUGCUGAACAUGGAUGGAUGGAUGGAUGAAACAUAGCCACAUUUGACUCUUGGUUCAUUCAUUCUUGUCUUUUACUAAUGAAGGCUGCUGCUGGAGAGGCUGUUAUACUUGUUGACUGAGUAUUUGUAUGUUGUGUAGGAGAUUUUUCAUUGACCUCAACCAUGUAAUGGUCCUUAAAUUGGUUAAUGUGUUGGUAUGUGACAUGUCUGGAGAUGCGAUUAGUUGCCUGGAAGCUGUGAUUGAAAUAUGAUAAAAACCUUUUAGGGCUGGAGUUUCAUACACUGUGCAUCACAUGGCCAACUGACCUCUCAGAUACAGUUUUAGGAAAUCAUUUGUCACAUCAGGCUUUUGUUUUCUUUUUUGUUUUCUCUGUCCACUGCUAUAGAACAUGGCUCAAAAUAGUUUUUAACUUGGCAGUACAUGAUUCAUCUAAUGUCUAAACUGAUCAUUUACUUGAUUUCAUUCAUAUCUGGCCAGGGUGAUUACAUGUAAUGACCAGUUUUUAAUGUUUUAAUGUUAUGCCUUUAAAAAUAAGGCAGACAUUAAUCUUAAAUGGAUGAUGGAAAUUUCUAUUUAAAUUGUGUCUGUUGAAUUUAAAUUUUGUAUCUCUCUCUGAACUUUAAUCAGCCAAAUGUUUGAAGGUAGUUGAAAUGAUUGCGUUUACAUAAAAUCCUCAAAUUGUAGCACCAGACAUUUGUACAGUGUUCUCCUAAAUAUAUCAGUGUUUUUGGUCAGAUGAGCCGAAGGCAUUAAAAAUAUAGCACAAAGAUUCUGUAAUUGUAUUCCAAUAUAAGCAAGCUGGUUCUUGCUGCCCCUACAAAACCUUUAAAAUAAACUUACAAGGCUCCUCUUUUCAUCACUUUCACAUUCUUUCUUUCUUUGUAUGUUGUAUUAAACAGAGUUUAAAGAGAGCAAAAUUGUGUAAAUGAUUCUCAUAAAUUGUACAUUUUUACCAAUAUCUCAGCCACUGUUGUCUCUACUUUAUGAUUUCUCAUUGUGCCUGUAUUAAAUGUGUAAUAUAUGAAUAUAUACAAAUAUAUUAAAAUUACUAAGUGUG